AUGUGUCCGACCACAGCACCCAAGCCAAACCCACUGGUAGCACGGCACAACCGGUUCACGAACCGGAAUACCGCCGACAUGACGGCGCAUACUGCCAUCCAGCCCAAACCCCACCUGUUCCCAAUCCGUCACUGGCUGCCGUCACCCAACGACACGGCAUGGACAUCCCGGCCGAACAUGACACCGCCGAAACCGUCGCCGACACCGACGGAUGUCCACACGGACUACAGCAAACCAAUGUGUCCGCCCGCAGCGCACUUGACCGACCCACCGUACAACCGAUUCACCGGCUUCAACACCACCGAUACGACGCCGCAUGCUGCCAUCCAGCCCAAACCCCACCUGUUCCCAACCCGUCACUGGCUGCCGCCACCGAACGACACGGCAUGGACACCCCGGCCGAACAUGACACCGCCGAAACCGUCGCCGACACCGACGGAUGUCCACACGGACUACAGCAAACCACUGUGUCCGCCCGCAGCGCACUUGACCGACCCACCGUACAACCGAUUCACCGGCUUCAACACCACCGAUACGACGCCGCAUGCUGCCAUCCAGCCCAAACCCCACCUGUUCCCAACCCGUCACUGGCUGCCGCCACCGAACGACACGGCAUGGACACCCCGGCCGAACAUGACACCGCCGAAACCGUCGCCGACACCGACGGAUGUCAAGACGGAUUACAGCAAACCGCUGUGUCCCACCAUCUCGCACUUGACCGACCCACCGUACAACCGAUUCACCGCCCUCAACAACACCGCCAUGACACCGCAUGCUGCCAUCCAGCCCAAACCCCACCUGUUUCCAAAACUCAUCACCCAACGACACGGCAUGGACACCCCGGCCGAACAUGACAUCGCCGAAACCGUCGCCGAUAUCGACGGAUGUCAAAACGGAUUACAGCAAACCGCUGUGUCCCACCAUCUUGGACUUGCCCGCCGACUCAUGCAGUCGUGGAAUCAAAGGAUGCAUUCGUCCGACGAGGAAAUCGACGUCAUCAUAAGUACGGCAGUCCAAGAAGCCGUCCGCCAAGCCGCAGUUGAGCACUCACGAUCAUGGAGCGGGUCUCGUCGCGGUCGCCAACCAAACUUGGAUCGUAACCGGGCUGGUGGGCACCAGCAGAUUGUCGACGACUAA